ACCUUCACUCAGUUUAAUGCUUCACCCUCCUCACCACCCCCUCCUCCUUCCCCUCCCCCCUUCCUACCUCUCAACCACUAAUCCUUUUGGUGCAUAUCUUGACCAGUCCCAUUGCUGUCACCACCCCUGAAUGCCAUAACUUAACUUGCGCAAUUCCUGCAGGAUUCCAAAGCUACGAGCACUUGCAUGCUGUAGUGUACGCUGCAUGCUGUGGCCUAAUCUGGACGCCUUCCUGGGCUUUUAUCUCUGAUUUGUAUCAUCUUCCAUCCAUCCUUCCAUCCUUCUCUUGUGUUCCUUCCUCACUUUUUCCACCGAUCCUAUGGAAUUCCGUGCUCACCAAGUAUAAUUGCUCGUUUUUGUUUCGAGAGGCCUUGCUUGGUAAGAUACUACAAGUCCUUUUAGAUAGUAUCAUUCUUAACCCGUCAUUAUUAUCCGACCAGUUUCCUAGCUCAAUUCAAACAUCCCCUCUUCGUUGCCCGCCUGUUGGCCUGCCUCGGGGGGGGGGGAUAAUUAUCACCCCCUUCCCUUCCCAUUCAUCAACCGUUACUCGAUGCUCCUCCCGGCUCCAAGUUUCGUUUCUUCAUCAUGUGGUUCUGUUUGUUAUCUCCGAGUCUCUCUUCAACGAGGAUCCUCGGUUUAAUGUUUACACUCCUACGAGUUGAUCAAGUAAGCCAGUUUGAAACGCUUGGCUGAGAUUUCAUUUUUGUGACCGCUCUCUCUGCCACGUCCCAGUGUCAAUAUAUCACAACUUUCUUUCUCUACUUUUCGGCUGAUAUUUUGUAGAUCCUAGUGGACAAUCCCAUUUGUGGAUUGGUGAGAAACAUCGAUAUGCUCUACGGCAAUCUCAGGAUUUUAGAGUGGAAUCUCCACUUUUCUUGAAUCAAAAGGCGGUGUACCAUACUCUAUCGAAUGCAUUUCGGCGUAUCUCGGAGGGUAAACGGAAUUUCUAACUCUCGUUCCCACCAGGCCCCAGUAAGAGAAAAGUACAGACGUUUUCCAUCCCUGUUCUAGCUUUAAUACAGGGUGAAUUGUGGUUUUUGGAGGUUACUUGUUGCUUCGGGAGUUGAUCUCGUCUGGAUUGAUGCAUUAGCUAGUGGAUUUCUGUGCUGUGCUUCGAAUAGUGACCGCUUUAUUUUCCGGUGCAUGCGUGACGCACACCGUUUAGGUUUUUCGGCAUUCUGCACGUUUUCUCCUUCCGAGGAGACAAAAAAGAGGGAGUAAAAUGAGAAGGAGGAGAAAAAGGAAAAAAAGGGAAAGAAAAGAAAGGACAAACUGAAGGAGAGCCGAAGAAAUCGGAUGUUCUUCACCCAUCAUUCUAGAUAUAUUGGAAACCGAAUCAUAAAGAUUCCGUGCCUUGGGCAAGAUAGGGGCUUCAGACCGAGUCGCCAUAUCUAAAGAUAUCUACCGGUAUAUCUGUCAAUUGGCAGUGGUUGAUUCCGGAUUGCUUUCAAGGCAGGACACCCACUACAACCAUAGGAUCAGUUAGCAUGAUGGGUACGAAAGGAGAGAGGUUCAGUCCUUAGCCGUGCCAUCCCCGCAUAUCCUAUCAUAUCGCCCCCUGGAUUCUCUAGAAUCGAGCACGUUCUGCCACACUUCACAAUCUGGACGCUAUCAGGGCACUAUCGCCUGAUGCCGUUGCCCCAACAUGCAUAAACCUCCAGGUUUGGAUCGCCACAAUUUUCCAAUCUAUCAAGUACCCCAUCGAAUGGAUUUGCUUUCCAAUUAAACAAGGGAUUGGAAAGGCAGUUGACUGCUUUCGAAUGGCCUAACUAGUAGGGGACCUCACUGGCUUUUGCUACGCCUCCAUAGUACCCGGAUAGGCACUAAGAAUCGGAAUUUUUCAGUCUCCGCGAGAUUGUGUCUGUACUAUUGUUUGAUGGGAGGGGCUUCAAUUUUUUCUGAUCUUGCUGCCAUUCACGAGUAUAAAGGCCCUAGAUGGGUUCGCGCUGAUGGUGUCUAUCUUACUCUUCAUAUCAAACUCUUCGUCCUUAUUUUAUUUUAUUCUAUCCUUUUCCGUUUGGAGUUACACACCCUAUCUUCUUUAUAUUCUGCCCACCAAAGGAAAAAAAAAGACAGCAACGACAAAAAAAAGACCACCACUUUGUGAUAUCUAAAAUCCCUCGGCUGGCAGUGCCUUUCUUUCAGACUCAGGAGAAUCUGAGUCUAUUCCGUUCAUCCCAAUCAUUACUCCCCAUACUCAGCCUAAGCCAUGGCUAAAAUCACAUCCAUCGAAUAUUUCCGCGUGUUGCCCCGCUGGCUUUUUGUAAAAGUUACCAGCGAGGACGGUCAAUUUGGAUGGGGAGAGUCGACUCUUGAAGGACAUACCGAAGCUAUCGAAGGAAGCUUGAAUGAAUUGAUUGGCAGAUUCGUUGGCUAUGAGGCAGAGUAUGUUGCCCAAUUCCACUUGCCCUGAGACCGCUCUUUCCCUGAUUUAGGAUUGAAUCUUCCUUGCGACUUGGGCACUUUGCCCUUGCUGCUGCUUGGCGCAUUGGGACUGAUUCGCAACCCGGUAUAGUGACAUUGAGCAUAUCUGGCAGACUGCCUGGAGAUUGGGGUUUUAUCGGGGCGGAGCGGUUUUUAUGUCAGCUAUUUCCGGCAUUGAUAUUGCAUUAUGGGAUCUCAAAGGUAUGUGAUAAAAGCUUUUUUCUUUUCUUCCCCGUCGGUGGUUAUAGGAUAUAGGAUGCGGUCAUGCGCCUGUCGUCAUCUGGAGAUAUUGCCUGACAUUCCUUUCGCCGUACUGCACGAUGCCUUAAUUUCGGCUGGACAAUCCCCAGCCAGAUUUCGAAUGCAAGGGUUAAGCUUGCUAGGAGGGUGAAUCCCGGGACAAGCUUUCGGAUUAUUCGCUGGCGGGGUUUUGCCGACGCUGUGGAUGUUGGAGCACCUUUGCUAGUGAUCACCGGUGACUGACUAUCGCUUUUUUCUGCAGCGCGAAAACUAAAGGUUCCGCUUUAUUCCUUGCUCGGAGGAAAAGUUAGGAACAGAAUUGCUGUCUACGCCUGGAUUGGCGGCGAUCGUCCGAGCGAUGUGGAGGAUCAAGCGUAAGUUACCCCCUUGCAUUCGGCUAUAUACUUUUUCCCUGUGCCCUGCUGAUAUAUGCUUGCUACUGCACAGCAAGCAGAGGAAAGCGCAAGGCUUCACCACGAUCAAGAUGAAUGCUACCGAAGAUUUGGGUUGGCUAGAUUCUCCAUCUGCAUUGCAGAGCUCUGUUGAGAGGUUGAAGGCGGUCAAGGCUGUCGGCCUUGACGCCGGCCUUGACUUCCACGGCCGUAUUCACAAGCCGAUGGCUAAGCAGCUCGCCAAGCUUCUAGAACCUCAUCAGCCAUUGUUCAUCGAGGAGCCACUCCUCUCCGAGCAUCCUGAGGCCAUCAAGCAUUUUUCCCAGCAGACAAAUAUCCCCAUUGCUCUUGGUGAGCGUCUCUAUCAUCGAUGGGAUAUCAAGCCGUUCCUUGAGGCUUCAUCUAUUGAUAUUCUCCAACCUGAUAUCUCCCACUGCGGAGGUGUCUCGGAAAUCAGGAGGAUUGCAGCUAUGUGUGAAGCGUAUGAUGUUGGGCUUGCUCCUCACUGCCCACUUGGCCCUAUUGCGCUUGCGGCGUCUAUCCAGGUUGCGCUUUCCUCACCUAAUUUUGUCAUCCAGGAGAUGUCUUUGGGUAUUCACUACAACAAGAUGACACCUCCAGGUGCCGGAAUAUACGAUCUUAACAACUAUGUCAAGGAUGCCACCGUUUUCGAAGUUAACGAAGGCUAUGUGAAAGCUCCUACCGGUGUCGGAAUUGGUAUCGAAGUUGAUGAGGCCGAGGUUAGGAGAGUUAGUAAGGAUUGCAAGGCCUGGAGAUGCCUUGAAUUCCAUGGGCCCGACGGGGCUGUUAGGGAAUGGUAGCUCAUUUCGGUUGAGGUUCUGAGAAAGGCAUUUAUUUAAGGCCUAUCUCUCUCUUUUUUCUUUUUGCAUCCGCACAGGUUUUUUUUCGUUUCCACGCUUUAAUGUAGCUCGCUCCUCGACGGAGUGAAUCUGUUAUCAUGCGGUUAAGGAUCCUUUUCCCUCCUCUCUAUUUUUUCACGUUAUUUCCACAUUUCUUUCCUUUGGGUUUUAGAGUGCGCGCCUUUGCGAUAAUCUUUCUAAGUUCAUAACCGAACAUAUUUGAGGAAUCUCGUGAUCAAGAAACAGAAAAUAGAAAGUCGAAGAUUCCUGGUUUGAAAAUGCUGCGGGUAUUUCCUUUUUCUUUUCUUAGAUCCCAUGCUAUUUUAUUUAAAAUCUGGACUCAUCGGGAUGUGAGUGGACGGGUUUCAGAACGACACCCGCUGCCGAAUCAGAGCAACAAAUCUGCCCCCACCAUGCCAGUCCCGGCUCUGUCAAACGCACCCGCUUUUCAAAGGCUUGCAUGAACACAUGGGGGGCACGAGGUCUUGGGGGGUCGUCAGAAGCUCAAACCUCACCGCCAUCAAUCAUCAUAGUAAAUAAUGCCCUUUCCUGCUGUACAACAGAGCUAGGCGGCCACUCACCUUAAGAAUCAGAAAUUCCUCUUUUCUCUCCAAUCCCCAUUACAGGCACCACAGAUCAUCAAUUACAAAGUUACUUACGGCUACUGCCAGUUUAACUAGCAAGGACUUACAUACUUAUAAGAAACCCAGAGCGAUGUCACCAGGUGACAUCAACCCCCUCGACGAAUGGAUUCGCCGGCAAUCGUUCGAGGUCGCUUACAACGAUUUCACCAAAGGCUUCAUUGGAAAGAAGGCUCUGGAGGGGGCCGUAUGCAGCAGCAUACCAACGGAAUUCGGCGCACGGGGAUACACGCCUGAGAAAGUGAGGACAAGGCUCAGGGCGAUGAUGGCUGAACGCUUGACAUCAGAGCUUCUAAGGGAGUGCGAUGACAGGAGAAUAGUUUCGAUGGCGGCAGCUGGAAAUACUGGCAGCGGGGGAAUUUCUGGUAGCGGACAUGCGACUUCUGCCGGCGCUGCCGUUGGGCAGGCAGUGCCGUCCAAGGAGAACAAAGGCGACCAGCCCCGUGUCCUAGAUAAGGGCAAGCAACGUGCGAUGGAUAGUGAAGAUCGCGCAAAAGCGCCGCUACACAUGCCCAGCUAUAAAACAGCAGUACCGGUAGGCGUCCCUCCUUCCGCUGGAGGACCGGUUCCCAAGGGAGGGACAAGUGUGCGCCAUUCUCCGAAAAUGGAGGUCAGUGACGACGUGGUGGAGAGCUACAAGAGGGCGGCAGCUGCUGGCGUUCAGGUCCUGAAGACGGCUCCAACGGAUGAGAGUGCCGUCCCCUCUCUAAGAGAGAGCACGACGGUAACAUUACCAAGGUACCAUAUUAUUCUUUUUAUUUCUCACAAAAUUUCUGUUUCGUUUCACACACACAUCGGUCCGCAACACGUUGUCAUCAGCAAUUCACUGGCGACACUUAUAGUGGAUCAAAAUAUAAAAAAUAUAAAAAAAACAAAAUACUAAGCCCAAGCCAACGAGAGGAGAUGUUAGAGAAGGAGAAGAGAAACAAUAUAUUGAUCGCCUAACAGAAGUUCGUCGAUCAUCUCCACCUCCGUCAAUGCUUCAGCUGCGCGAGCCAUGCCCUCCGCCGUUGCGGCUGACUCCAUGAUCCCGUCAUUACCAUUCAAGCUUCAGUACCGAAUCUUCACAGCACUCCAGGCAAUCCUAGAAUCCUGUUGCUACGAUUUCGCAUGCCGGUACUACCCGGAAUACCUAAAGCGAAAGUCCUGGGACUGCCCCGAAGCCGGUGAGCUGACCGUCUGGAUCCGCGGCCUCUCGAAGGAAUUCUCUUCGAACCCCGUCUUCGACAUGGGGGAGGACGAAUUCGACACGAUACUCAAAAAGGGUGGAGAAAUCCGUCACGCCGCGGUACAUAGAGUUUCUGUCUCUGGGCAGGAGAUACAGGGACUGAUCGAAGAUGCUCGCGCCAUGGCGGAGAUCUUGGACGACGAGGAAGUAGAAGGGAGGUUACGGGAGAUAGAUGAGAUGAAGGCCGUGGUGGAUAGCAAUAUCCAGGUAUUACUAGAUAAGCGUGCAGUGAAGGAGGAGAGGUUGAGGUUGGAACUGGAGAAGUUGGAGAAGUGGAAGAGGGAUAUUGAGCUGAGAGAAGUCAGGGCGAUUAAGGGAGCCGAGGAGGAGGAGGAAUCGAUUUGCAGAGAAUUCCGAGAUGGGAUCGGGAGGGAGUUGGAGUGGCUAGGAUUGGAAGGAAAGGGGCUGGGGGUUAGGGAUCGUGGGGAGGCGAUGGAGAUGGCUGGGAGUGGGGUUGUGGGUGCGGCGUCGCGGGAGGGGGCGGAAGCCCUUGAGAAGAUAAAUGAAAACGCCGAGGAAGACUUCCAUGAGCCGGAGGGGUGGCCGGCGGCAGAAGGUGCACUACCAGAACAGCUAUUAGCUACGGGGAGUGUUUCUUCCUUAAGCAUUUAG